CAGUGCUCUCGCCCCACAGAGGAGCACCUGAGCCCAGACGCCAGCGCCGCCUCCAACCGCUCCGUGGGCCCCCCCGGGAACACCACGCAGGACGAGUUCACCACCAUCGUCCUUCCCGUGCUCUACCUGGUCAUCUUCCUGGCAAGCAUCCUGCUGAACGGCCUGGCGGUGUGGAUUUUCUUCCACAUCAGAAACAAAACGAGCUUUAUAUUUUACCUCAAGAACAUCGUGGUCGCAGACCUUCUCAUGACGCUGACGUUCCCCUUCAAGAUAAUUCAGGACUCCCAGCUGGGACCGUGGCACUUCAACUCGUUCCUGUGCCGAUACAGUACGGUUCUGUUCUACGCAAACAUGUACACCACGAUCGUCUUCCUCGGGCUCAUCAGCAUCGACCGCUACCUGAAGGUCGUGAAGCCCUUCGGGGACUCCAGGAUGUACAGCAUCACCUUCACCAAGGUGCUCUCCGCCUGCGUCUGGGUGGUGAUGGCCUUCCUCGCCCUGCCCAACCUCAUCCUCACCAAUGGCUACCCCACUAGGAAGAACAUCGAUGACUGCAUCAAGCUGAAGUCUCCCUUGGGAGUCAAGUGGCACACAGCCGUCAUUUACAUCAACACCUGCACCUUCAUGGUGGUGCUGAUAGUGCUCAUAGGGUGUUACAUUGCCAUAUCCAGGUACAUUUAUAAAUCGAGCAAACAGUUCAUCAGCUCAUCGAGCAGAAAGAGAAAGCAUAACCAAAGCAUCAGGGUUGUAGUGGCUGUGUUCUUCACCUGCUUCCUGCCGUACCACUUGUGCAGGAUACCCUUCACUUUCAGCCAUCUAGAUAAACUGUUGGAUGACUCUGCACAUAAAAUCUUGUAUUACUGUAAGGAAAUGACACUGUUCCUGUCAGCGUGUAACGUUUGUCUAGAUCCAAUCAUUUACUUUUUCAUGUGUAGAUCAUUCUCACGAAGGCUGUUCAGAAAAUCAAAUAUGAGAACCAGGAGUGAGAGCAUCAGGUCGCUGCAGAGCGUCAGGAGGUCAGAAGUGCGCAUCUACCACGAGUACACUGACGUCUGAGCUGCCCGCGCAGGGACUUUUGCUGAUUUCUGAGGGUAUUUGUACAGCACGCAAAUAAAACCGGCCUUUGGGUAUCCGACCACAGAAGUGCGUUGAGCAAUGUGCAGACACAUACAGUUCUGCCAUUUCAGCUCACUAACAUCUACCUUAAGUCAAAAUCUUAAAUCUGCACACAGAUCGGGUUCACUUCAGAGGCGUUUGGGUACAGUUUUCAGUUGUUUUGUUUCUUAAGGCCAACAGAAGCCAAAGAAAUCCCGCACAAGCAUCCUGUCACAUAAAGAACGUUCCCAUUAACCAAGAGGAGCUGUUCUCCCCCAGCUCAAGUUCCAGUGACCACUCCAGCUUAGUAACAUUCCUUCGUGUUUCGUUUUUAAUGCAUUUUUUACUCGUAUUGAUCUUCUAUCAGUUCUUCCUUCCUACUUUCUUGCAGAGUUUAGACAGUAAUAUUGAUAUUUUCACCUAGAUUAGUUACGGUGAGCGCAAGAACAUCAAAACGUUGCUUAACAACCGAAAAACGCGUGGGCUGAACCGGUGACAGCAGACAGAAGCCAGGCUGCAGGCAGCAUCUGCAGGAGGCAGCAGCAGCAGUGCAGAACAGAGCAGGUGCCGAGGGCAGCCCCGCCGCAGCCAGAGCCCACGGGCAGGGCUCCUUCUGGGCACAGCGCUCAGGCGGCAGCAGGAAGCCACGCGCAGGUGCCUGGCAGCCCUGCCACCCGCGCAGCAGGCCAGGAGAGCGCGGGACAUAGGCUCGCGCCGGCAGCAGCAUCCAUCCCUAACACACAUCAGCCCAGCGCAGCGCUCCACAUCCCCGCCAGGCAUCAACACAAAAACCGCGCUCCCACUUGGUCUCUGCUCAAAGAACGAUCCCAAAUACCACCGUGUUUCCUCCAGCCCUCUCUUCCCCCAGGGAGGGCUCCACGGGCGCAGUUCCUCAGCAGGCCCGCGCGGGGCAGGGCCGCGCCGCUCCCGCUCAGUUUCACGGCGCUUCCUAUGCCUGCUUAACACAGCAUGAAUAAAACUUAAAGAACUAGGAAUCUGUGUUCAAAAUUAUUUAAGGGCUGCUUGGAGCUCUCGGGAGCGCGCAGUGUGUGCGGGGCCGGGCUCCCGGCAGGAGCGGGGCCCGCCCGGCGCGGCCGCCCCGCAGCACGGAGCGCGAGGGCCGAGCCCGGGCCCUAAGCGGCUCUGCCCGCAGCUCGCGCAGAGAAACGAGCGACUGAAGAACGGGGCACGAACGGCGUUUAGAGCAAUGAAUUCGUUCUACGCAUCGUAGUUAAACUGCGAAAACAGAAGGUGGCAACGGUCCAUCACCAAGGGCCUUGUUUAUCUAAGGUCCUGCCUGCUGAUACUUUGUUGGAAAGCCACAUUUUUGCUUUCUGUGAGAUAUUGCACAGAAAUGCCUCUGAUGAGGCAUUAUGCAGAAAUAAGUGUUUUUUUUUUUAAGUUAUUUUAGUUUUUUGUACUAUUUUACACAUAGUUAAAAACUUGUAAGUGUGUUGUACAUCAUACAGACGCUAUAUACCAUACAUAAUCAUACAUAGCAUUUGGAUUAAAUUGAUGGAUUAAUGCAAGCAUUACCAAACUACUUACACUGCUCGGGGGUCACUUCCAGAGAGGAGGAAAGAACACCCUUCAUAUUUAUCCCACGUAAAACAAGAACAGUGUAAUUGGCCAAGGUGCCACAGAAUAAACCCCAUUUUAGCCCUGUGGAAGACCACACUCACAUACACAACACCAAAGGCAAGUUCUGGGGCUGCAUUUACCAUUUUGUGCUCUUAAAGUCAAGGAGUAUAUGAAGCCAUAUUAAGAGAACCACUUUUGGGACCAAGCUGCAUGGUUUAAAUUCUCUUAAGCUCCACAUUAAAUGGAACAGCGCACUGCUGGCUUGGCUUUGUGGAACGGCCAGGUCAGUGUGUACACCAACAUUAGUAACCCAACACCUUCUUAUUAGGUCUUAUAUGGUUAAAGAAAGCGACGCCCGAAUGCUGUGGUCUCCCUUUUGUGACGCAAGUAACAGUAAAUCACAGGAGGUCAAUAGCUCCUCAGACCGCACCGUUACUGCGUUAAACGCUCAGCCCCUCCUGCUCCCCGGCCCACAGCACCACCUGCACUUCUUCCAGCACGCUGCUCCCGCCUGCUGGGUGUGCAUGCACACAGACCGCCGCUUCUCACUGCCUCACCUCUUUUCACUUCACACAUUCACAUCAGCUUUCUUCCUAGAAGAUGCUGAACUGCCAUUCCCUAAGUAACAGUUUCAUACCAAAACAAUCUGUUACCCAAAACCACUGCCAUCAGGGGAUGCCCUUAGAAGAAAGCCUAACCACACCCUUUCCAGGCAGCUAAAUAGAUGAGGCAGUGGGUGCCUGGGGAAGGCAGUGGUCCCACAAGGGAGCAGCGUGGCAUCCACCCCACAUUUGGAGAAGGCAUAGCUGUGCACUGCUGGCACAGGGCAGCCAGGACAGCACUCCAUUCCAGAGCCUUGCAACAGGGACACAGUGCUUUUCCGUAAAACUGCCCCCAAAUAUGGUUACUUUAUCUUGACAGGGUGUAUCUGCGAUAAACAUUUCUCACCAUGACUUACACUCGCGCUUAUACAACAGUUCUUGGAAGAUGCUGCUUGUGAAGUCUUUUCCCAGGACUAAAAAUGAAUCGUAAAAGAAUAUCCUACUUCUCAAGUAUCAGAUAACUAAACCUAAUGUCUGUGUUUUAUGUGGAAUUUGGUACUUAAAAGGACUCUCUUCCUGAGAAGAAAUAGGCCUGAUCACAGCACUGGUUCACCAACGCCCACAGCUGAAACAAGCUUUUUCUGGGCUGUUGGUAGGAAGCUGCGUCAGUCACCACUCAGCCUGCAUGGCCUGAGGACUCACUUUCAGAUAUAGCCUCUUCUUUUUCACUUCCCUGUUCCAAACCACCAUUCCUCUCUAGGUCUGCUAUUUGUUUAGGUUACUUAAAUUGCUAGAUUUUUAACUAAACCUCCAUUUACAAGCAAAAGGAAUUUCACAAGCAGUAACGAGGUCUGCAGAGUCAAGCAAUAAUGCCUUGGAAACUGGUUUUGUUGUUUUCCACCCAAAUCAGCCCGCUUUUGACAGACGGAUGUACUUCAGCACACACUACUCCUUGUCCCGUGAUAUAACUUCUGAGGGCACAGCACUAUUUCCCCUCACAGCCCGCACAGUGCCACGCAUGACUCAUUCCCCAUUCUUUCAGACAUAGCUCUAGUGUUCCUUGUUCUCUGUAUUUGCCCAAGUUCUUCCUGAAACGAUCAGUCAGAGGAACAGUCUCAGGUGCUGACCUACAGCUGUGCUCUCAGGGAAGCAGGCCAGGACAGGCGCACAGCUGAGUUCGGAUCACACAGCGUGAGGCUGCCAUGUUCUGCAGGACGCUCCACAGGCAAGGUUUUCCAGGUGGAAGCACAACAGCGAACCAGCUCCAGGAAAGCAAGGAGAAUGCCAUUAGUGAACACCAGUGAAAGUUUUCACUGAAGAAAUUUUGCAUUACGCUGUAAUUGACAGCGCUGCCAGAACACUCGAUGCCAUGGGCUGCUGAGGAAGGAGUGUUACUGGAGCAUGUGCUUCAAGACAGCCCCAGACCACCAGCUGUGCAAGACUUGUGGCACUGCAUGCAUUGCAUCCUUUGCCUUCGAGAUUAGUCUAGCAAUCACCUUUACCGUGACUUUCCACCACUGCAGCUUCCCAGGCUUCUUAAAAAAGCCAAGUGAAACUCCCAAAAGUUCUGAAGAUGUCGCUGUAUUGACACACACCAGAAUCUCCUUAGCAACUCUAACCAUGUAACUACUGCAGCCUCUGGGCUUACUGAGAUGCACAGCAGCCCCAGCCCCCCCCCAUACCCUGUGCCCCGAGCACCAGGACGCUCACACCCCAAGCACCUACUGCUAUCAGAGCACGGCCAGAGCCCACCUGAAACUGGAGACAGGGCCUUGUAAGGCCUCCCAAGUCUAUUCUACAGUGCUACAGUCAUGUCAAGGCAUCUACCAGCCAGCAAAGCAAAGCUGGGCUGACAAUAUUUGCUGGCAGGCUUUGAUAGGUUAAAACAUGCAUCCAUAAGUCCUGCAGUGCCUUGGUAGUUAGCCUGAGUUCUAGGGGGAUUAUUCUAUAAAAAUAUUUAUCUUGUUCAUUCUGCUUCAGUCUGUUCACAGCAACGGGAUGUAAAUAUACACAGUCUACGUGGUUUCACGUUUAGUUGGGUUGGAAGGAUUUGAUAACAAGGCACAGACCUCUAAUAAUAUUAGCAUGUAUUGUUUAUGUAUGGCAAUGGUUUGGUGCAGGAAGAUACACUUAGAAAAAAACACAGAUUUGAGCCUGUCAGCCCCACUCCUUUUUGCAAGGGCAGCAGAGCUACCAGCCCAGCUUUCACUUCUGCCAGCAGCCUCCGACACAAGGACCACCUGGCCACCACCACAGCCAGCCCCUGCUGUAACCAGCUGAGCUCUGACACGAUGCUGGUUUUCUCCUAUUUCUGGCUAUGAAAGCAUAUUCUCUGCUUCUGAUGUAGAAGCUCAUCAGUAGGACUAUAAAAGAAGUUUCCUUCCAUAGGCACUGAGCUCAGAUCAAACCUUCAAAUUAUUUUCUUAAUAAAAGUGACAAGGCCAGGAGAUGGGAAUUUUGGAGUUCAAGGGAAGAAAAAGACUUAUAUGGCUAAGGGUAAAAUACAUUAUCAGUUGUUCUUAAGCCACCAAAAGCACGUGAUACACAGCAGGAGUUUUUCUGGCGAUCAUGCUCACUGCUUUCUGACCCUUUGGAAAUAGCAGCUGUGUCUGCAGAUCCUUAUAUAUUAAAAUUGGCUGGCAUUUUGGAAAAAUAUCCAUGUUUGCAUAACGAAGUGACCCUUCAGUCUGCCCUGAUGUCUGGAAUCAUUCCGAUGGGGUGAAACUGUACACAGAGCUGAGGCUUCCUGCCCGCCCUCUAAGUUCUUAAUCCUCUGCCCCUGAACAAAUGAUUGCUUCUCUCUGAAGCACGCAAAAAAAUUACGUGUGCCAUAACAUUUAAUCCAUCACAGAGUGGCAGCUUGCACUUCAAAACACAGCAUUUCUCUCCUUCUUCUGGGACCUCACACUCACGCAGAGCUGCACACUUCGGUCUGUUACCGGAGGCAGAACUUCUUAGGUAGCUUUAAUGUAAAAAUGCUGGCAAGCUUUAACCAAGAAUGACGUUGCAAACCAGGAAGUACAGCUAUGCCAUUAAGUGAUCCUACAAUGACAUUUUUCAUAAUACACCUUACAAAAAAGUCACCCCCAAAGCUGUUCACCCUUGGCUUCUGUUACGUGUCAGCAUACAAUCAUGUUUUAAAACAAUUUCAUACUAAGCUUCAACAGUCCUCUGCAUCAUGAGACCUGCACCGCUUCAGAGAAUCCACACAUUUCAUAGGUCAGCUGGUGUCUGAGUGGACUUGGUCUCCUGGGCAGUGCCUUCCUUUCCCAGUAUUUGCUAGCUACUGGUGGUCUUCAGAGAGGAAGGCCAACAACAUUUCACUUCUGCUUCCCGGGCAAGCUGUGCUCUGCUUCUACUGUUCUACUUCUAACAAUAAACAACAUGGAAAAAUAACACAAGUAAAGCUGAAGUAAGAGGGAGAAUCACUAACAGGCUGAAAACAGGACAGCUCCUUAAAGUCACUGGAACAGCUUUGAACAUUAAGCAUGAAAAUGUCCUUUCCUAAGCAUUGUUCUUAAGCUUCUCCUCCUUUACCUCAGUACAUUAAAUACACACACGACUGUGUUCUUUACUCAUUAUGAAAGGCAAGCAUUGUCACCUUACAUUUCCUUUUGGGUAAUAAUGUCAUGCUGCCCAUCUGAAGAUUCCCCCUUAGCUUACUUAAAAAUACUCUGGGUUCAACUCCCCAGAAAUAUUUGGCAAAGCAAAGGAAACAACCCUUGGCUUUGCAAGAUCUAAGUGACAACAUAGGAGUUCAAUCUGAAAUACAUCUAUAUCGGAUUAAAUUAAGAUUCCAUUAAAAGGCAGACUGCACUUAACAACAUUUUCAUACUCUCGUUCUGGGCAUUCAAUCCAACGUAUGUAAGGAGAGCCAAACAAAAGCUGUGAUGGAAGUUAUCUCAUUGAGUUUGGCUGGACGCAGCGCGGGGAAGCAAUAGGAGCAGCCCCCAGAGCUCAAUGCAGCACGCGCCCACGUGCAGAACAAGCGCACAGUAUUGCUUCGAGUUCUGCUCAGGUCUUCACUAAGUCACAGAAAAGCAAAUGAGCUUCUCUAAGGCAAACCUGGAUCCCCAGUAUUGCAAUUGGAAAUCAACUGCAGAAUCAGUUUGCUUACAUUGUUAUUCCAAGGUCCUCUGUCUAAAUCAGCUGUUUAAAAUAAAUAUGGUGCUAGUAUUGUUUUCUUCAGAGAAACGGUCUCUCCAAAGCCACAGUUGGUUAAACAUUCACUCUCCCAACAUCAAAGCUGAAAACGUUCAUUUCCAGAACUCUAUUGUGCAAAGUUGAGAAGUAUGUUCCGCCAGCACCGGUCUGCUGCACACAUGUUGUUCAAGCUAUCCUCUCAGCUGAGAAGCACCAGCCAUGCCUGCCAUAGCACUCAGGAGCGCCUUCCUUUCAUGUUAUCAGGGCUGACAAGAACAAGAUGCUUCACUUUCUGUUUCAAAGCAUUCUUUUUCUUUUCCUUUCAGAGGGUGGGGCAGCAGCGUGAAGAGACAGGAAGGCACCCAAACCACUACUUCACAGCAUCAAAGCCCCGCUUCAGGCUGCAGGAGAGCAACUGGUGUGUGCUGUGAGAUGCAAGGAAAGGAACCAAGUUCUGCAAAGUGCUGAGAAUCCCUUUGCACGUGUAGGAAUUUUUUGAAGUCAGACUUCCCAGUUCAAAUCGGACCCUUCAGGCAGAGAAUGAAGUCAAAACCCAAGUAUGCAAAACCCAAGUAUGCAAAAAGCAUGCCAUCAAAACUGUCCCAGAAUUCACCUCAUACUGGAGAUCAGUGCCAGUUGAUGCCAGAUCAGCAUCAAUGCCACAGAUGCCUGCACCCUGGCAUCUUUGUAUACUACAGAACAUUUCAUCCACGUGCUUUCAUUAAAAGCCACAAGUCUGGUCCCACUGACAAAUGAGCCUCCUGACAGGUAGCUCCAUUCAUAACUAGAGACAGCAACUGUGUCAUCUGUGUCCUUACUGCUUCAGCACAUUCGGGACUGGCAUAUCAUUCAAGCGAUUCCUGUGUACAGUUUCAUACUCCCAGAGCCUGUCCUUGAUACCACUGUGGUGAUUUCAUGCAUAUCUACACUCCUGCCUGCACAAAGCCAGGAGCUAACAGUCUAUCCUGCACAGAAAUCAGAAGGUUUCUCCAUGAAGGAUUCUUCCUUGGAAGAGCAGGACUCACCCCCGCUGCAGUGGUUUUCCAGUUCUGUGCAGACUAGAAGGCUUGGGGGAUCAGUUAUCAGCACAUCAGGGCAACUGGCAAGGCAGAUAACACUGCACUCUGAGACGAUUGCCAGAUGUGAUGUUUCCAGGAAGCUUCUGGUUAGUAAAGAUAAUUAAACUUUAAACGUAGCAGACCAAUCCCCUGCAGCAAGAUAUUUAACAGGCAACAACUUUGAGUGACAAAGGAUAACUUCAUGGACUGAUUAAGACAUUGCAGAGCACGGAAUCUGAGUUUGUGGAUUUUAUGACUCUAUACAGGGAAUUUUUCAGGCAAAGCACAGAGAAAGUACACUGUUCUUAAUUCAUAAGAAAAGGACAACAGAUUCCCAUGAGUUAAGGCAUCCAGAGCUGCCUCCAUUGUAAAAGGAAAGACAGUAUGCAGCUACCUACAGAACUCAAACGUGACUAUUUCCUAACGUUCACUUGGUUAUCACCUAAAGGAGCGCAUCCCAGAGAAAACUAAGAUCUUCACUCUUUCAUACAUCAGAUUAAAGAGUAAGCAUGAUGCAUUUCUCCCUGUGACCACAGCAGUGACACUGCUCAGACAAGCAGCUCAGGAUGGAAGAGGCUGAGGAAAAGGGCUCUGUAGACCCUGCUGUCUGACACUGGUAAUGUAGAGGUGGAAAAAGAGACUUCUGUUCUUGCAAACGUAAGAGUAACACUGAUGAGCCUGUGGAUGUUCUGCAGUGGAAGAGCCAUUCCUGAGAAACCAAGCAGCUCCUCUGGCAGAGGGAAUCCCAAUUCCGAGCCACGCGACCAAGCUGUUACCCAACACAGUGUACAGUCACCUGCGCUGCACAUGGAAAACACACAGCUAGUUUGGGGCCUUUUGUGAUUGCCUUUCAAACUCACUUGUCUUGGCAGACCACACUUUUCUUCCUCCUCUGCAAGAAUUUCAUCUGGACAGAAAUAGAAGAUUGCUUACUUCAGUUUUAGGUUUAGAUGAGGAAGCUAUCGGAAAAAGCUUGUUGUGAGUCACAAUGUGAAAGUUGUCCCUGGUCCCAAAAGGGAUAUUGAGGCUGCUGUCUCUGGGAAAGAAGAAAAUAAAAAAGAACAAACAAAAAAACAAAGAAAAGUCUUUGUACAAUUAAUUACAAAGUCUGCCUCAGAGGGCUGCAGCCUUGUAAAGCUCUUCUAACCCACUCCUCUUUUCCCUGCCCCAAAAAUACAUGACAAUACGGUAGAGGGAAAGAGAUGAAAAGUUCGAUUGUGUGCCUUCUGGGGAGCAGCUGGAAAGCCUGCCGUGCUUGGUCCUUACGCUGGUGCAGAAUAUCUGCCAGAGGAGGACAAGCAGGGCAGUACUCGCCCCGUCACCCCGCAGCAAGGCUCCUCGCCCCAGCAGCGCAACACGGCUCAGGGUGACCCAGGGCUGCCCAGGCCCUGCAGCUCAGAGCAGCCCUGCAGCACAGGCAGUCCUGGCUCCUGGCAGCAGGGGCCCUACAGCCCGGCGUGCACCAGAGAAUGGGCUGGGAGCUGGAAUGCUUCCCAAUGGUGCACCUGUGCUGGCCUUCACAAAGCUGAUAGCCUGGUCUACCACCAAGCCUGCACAACACACAGGUUUAGUGUCACAGGACCACAGACCCAGGUGUUAAGAAGGAAGAUCUUGUACUGCCACUGACCGCUGCCCUUCUCACCACAGGAAACUGGGCUCCCAACUCAAGACACAUGCAAUGCCUCUCAAGUUCUAUUUCUGCUUUCUGAGCAAUUAAGAGAACCCACAUCUUCCCGGAACAUGCUUUGGUUAAAGCAAGGUAACAUCCCAUGACCAUCAGAAGGACUAGCCUUCUCCUGCGUCCCGCCUGGAAGCCUGGCGCUCCAGUGGCACAGCUUCACACCACCCCCAGGGCCAGCAAAGCACCCCAGCACCAGGGCUACCACCCACUGCUCCCAACUCACCAGGCUCCUUCCAGCCCCAGCAGAGGAGAGCAGCUGGCCCUGGGGACAAAACAGUCACAUCCAUCACACAGGCAGCAGGAACAGAGCACAGGGCCACACAGCUGCUCUGCUACGCACCAGUCACUCAGCAGCCAUGCAACAGAAGGGGUUUUCUCCCUGCUGCAGGCUGUCACCCAGACCGCAUGAAUCAGAGCAGGGUUAAAGCCUGCAACCUCUGGCACUCACCACUUCUUCCUCAGCUACAAGCUGGAGCAAUAAUGCAAGGCAGUUUUGUUAAGGUCUCUGAAGAUAUCACCGUAUUUCACCGAGAAAGACUCGGUGACCUUCAGGGACUGUUAGCUCAGGUCAGCACAGCCUGGCUGCGUGCACGACGGGUGCCCUGCAGCAAAGCAGCAGCACUGAGCACCUUCCUUCAGCCACACCUCGGCCCCCCCACGUGAGGCUCUGCAGACCUGGAAGGAGCAUCCACCAGAGAAAUGUUUAAUCGAAGGGGGCCUGGGUAGCGCACUGUAAGACAGACAUUAAGUCAUCUGCUGAACGUUUGUUAACACUGCUGUACACCAUUUACUAAUUUUACUUUAAUAUAAACAGCAAUAUUUUCCCAUAUUCCUAAUAAGAGAUUAUACUAGCUUCUUCUUUACCAAACAUUUCAAGGGAUUUUGUGCUUGGUUUCAGUGCCUCUCAGUGAACAUCUGAGAAGAAUAGGAAGGGAGGAAGACAGACAGGUGAUUAAGGUAAAAAAAGCAAAAUAAGAUAAACCCGCAGAAAGAAGAAAGGAAAUAGCCAUAAACCAGAGAUUUAUCACCUGUCCUAAGAAUAAACCUCUCGGAAUUCGAGCAUGCCCAGAGCAAACAUGACGCAACCCUGUGAACUCCAGCGCAGAACACUCCCAUUAACAAAAACAGAAGCCAUCAGGGCAGCAAGCCUUACAGAAGAGGUCACGGCCAGGCCUGGGAACUGCUUAAGAAAAGAAAACACCCGCCCUUCACUUCAGCUUACUGCUUCGCUAAAUGCACAAAUGUGUCUCUUUUGAAGCCAACUCAAAGCUGAUCUCCGUGGAAGUACGUCUACGAGCACUAAAAUAGCACUGACCAGCUGCAGCACUUGACAUUUGGACCACAGCAGGCGGAGCAGCACGGCACAGCUCCUCAGCUCCGUGCUUCUGGAGACAGAGCUUGACUACAAACCACACACCAGCGACAGCAGAUGAGGACAACAUCGCAAGGAAGUGACAGAUCGCCCAGCUCAAAGGAACAAGCCAAUGAGUACGGCAGGAGAAAGCAGGAGGCUUCGCCCUAAGCAAACAUCCUGCUGGAGGACAGGUCCUGUGCUAACCAUGGAAGGCUCUCCAGACCCUUAGCACCUUCACAGCAAGCACUGCAGCAGUCCGAUCCAGAAAGG